GGACCGCCGAGUCAAAGGUCUCGUUCCCGUCUUCUCGGUCUGAAGGAGAGCCGGAAUCGCUCGGUUUGGCCAUGAGAUCCUGUCUGGUGUUGAUUCUUGGUCUGUGCUUCCUGGCGGCCUUCGUCGAAGGCGUAACUGUCCAGGUCCAAAAUGUCUCCUUCUCUUUGGAUUCGGUCAAAGCCCUGAAGAAGGUUCUGGAUGCUGAACCCCAAAACCCCCGUUUCCGAAAUAGGGGGCCGGUGGCCGCGUGCUUAAACCCCGACCUUCCCCGUGAAUUCGUGCCACUCUGCUCCAUGCCGAAGGCUGCCGAAGCGUUCAGGACUCUCGACCGCAUCGCCCGCGAGCCCGACACCUGCGAAAUCUGCUUUAACGUCGCCUGCUCCGGAUGCUAAGUGAGAACCGGCUGCGGUCUCCAACCGAGGGUCUCCUGGUGGUUACCCAUCCCGUUCUUCCUGUUGUGACCUCCCACAGCCUCAUGUUCGAAGUCGCCGCCGGCUCAAUCUCCGUAGAAUUCGGGACUUGGCGUCGAGAGAGAGAGAAGGGGGAAAAGACACGGAAAAACCAGCGGCAAUUCUGGAAAACAAACCACGAUGCCUCCUCCUUCUCCUCAAUAGCUGCGUUCACCCUAAGCCUUUGUUUCCUGAACCGUGGUUUGUUGGGAGAACCACAUUCAAAUGAAGCAUGCUCGAAGCUUACUUUUUGAACUGUAAAACUUAGUUUGGUAAAAACGAAAGCUGGAAACGGUA